AUGGAGGGUUAUGAAAACAACGCCGGCGGGGACAAAAAACGUCUAUGUACCCGAUCACCUGUAGAUCAAGUCAACUCGCUGAUGUGGGAUUGGUUCCAAAAGGCGCGAUCAAAUGGAUUUCCAGUUUCUGGCCCUAUGUUACGAGAGAAAGCUCUACAGUUCACCCGUGAAUUGAAUGUACCAGAGGCCGAUUUUAAAGCGUCCACCGGUUGGCUCAACAGGUUUCGUCAACGUCACAACAUAAGUUUCAUGUCGGUUUGUGGGGAAAGUGCGAGCGUAUCUCAAGAGACUGUUGACAGUUGGUGCGAACGUAUUCCAGAGUUAGUGAGGGGAAAUAAACCGCGCGACAUCUACAAUAUGGACGAGACGGGAUUGUUCUUCAGAGCCUUAUCAGAUAAAUCAUUAAGUGUUAGUGGUGAUGAAUGUAAGGGGUGA